UAUGAAAAAAAUACAUUAUCUUUUACGUGGUUUCAACAAAAACAUUUUUAUUGCUGUGUUUUUGCAUUUAAUAUACCAUCCUUCGAGAUAAGAAUAAUUUAAUCAUGAGGCGGCAAAUGACAUUGAUAAUCAGUAACCUGUAGCGUGCCUAUGUGUGAGUUAAUGAUAGCCUUCAGAUAAUGUCACCCUUGAUGAAUGCCUGUGAUUGCUUUUGUGUAAAUGAACAGACGUCUAUAAAUCAGCAGUUGGGCCUAAAUAUAGUGACACAGAGACAAAACUGCUAAUGCCUUCAGCCAUACUUACUCUGUCAAAUUGGGGCAUUGAAAUUCAUCAGCUUUCAAACCAGAGGGGUGGGUUUUUAGGGCAUGACAGCUUUUUUAAGGUGCUCACUGACAUUUCAGGUCACAGUGACUGUCCAGUGUCCAACCCAAUUUGAAUAUACAAACAUGAUGGUCUCUUUUCAUCAGCUUUACUAUGAUAUACAAAUAUAUAAUACCAAUCUAAGAUAAUUAAAGAAGAAAACACACCAACAUUAUUUAGUUGCCUAACCAGAAUAUUUAAAUUCAACAUUUGAAUACGACGCAUUUGAAUUUAACAUUUGAAUGGGGAAUUUGAAUCUUUCAAAUGAAGAAACCUCUCUUUUCCAGAGAUGCACAUGUUGGGUAAAUAAAACUUGGAGCUUCCCUUGUGGAUUCCAGGAUUUCUCUAUUUAUUUGUGACAUGUGUUGUACAAGUGUGUGUGUCUGAGUAAAGGUUACUGCAGGUUGCUUAGGGCUUGCCUAAUAAGGAGUGAUUUGCUUUUCUAACUGAUCUAUGGACUCUGAGAUUGCGCAACAUCACUGGAGACUGACAAUACAGACAGAGCAGGACAGGAGACGAAAGAAAGAAAAACAGCAUAAUGCAAAAAUCAGCUUAACAUAAGUUCGACCGGGGGACUAACCUUAGUAUACAGGAAGAGAGGAGUAGCACAAAACAAGAAGUUACAUACAGACUGUGUCUCUCUAGUAGUGUGAACACAUGAGGGCAAGAAUUUGCUUACCAACUUGUGGUUGAGUGAAGAUUGAAACCCAUUAAAAAACUGACAAUCACACUGUGUAAGAGAAGAAAGGUACUGAGCACAGUGGUAUAAAGAUGCUCAGGAGAGAGACUGGGAGCGCAUAGACUGACAAGGAAGUCAGGCCCCUGAUGAGACGCAGCAAGGAGGAGGAUAGUGGAUCAUUAUGGGAGUUAAAUGCAGGGCUUUUGUUGCCAUUGUCUUCAUCCUCAUUUUGCUUGGCUCCAUGUGGCUCCAUGGGAAUCUGGCGGACUACUGGAAUACUUGUCCAAAGGCUUAUAGUAUAAAAAACAAGAUUCUGUCUUUCAUUAGAGUUAAUAGUUCAGAUGACGAAGUGGCUCCACUGAGGGUAUGUCCUGGCCAGAGGUUUCAAGUUGCUGAUUUGCUGGCUCACCUGCAGGCAGCUCCAGUCUCAGCCAAUGAUGUUCUGCUAAAGCCGUACCUGGCAAGCUGGGAUGAGCUUAUCAAGUUUUUGGAAGCCUUGGGGCCAAUGGUGGGUUUAAUUUCACAAGAAAUUGAGUCGAAAACUGCCAUCAUCCGUGACCUGGCCCAAAAAGCGGAGAAAGAGAGGAAAAUGAAAGAAAGAAAAAGAACGCACCAGCAAAGUGACCCAGUCUUAAUGAUAUCUCAUAACAGCUCUUCAGACUACUCUGAAAUAAAUCACAAACCCUCAUAUGGUUACACUUCUGUUCGGUCUAUGAUUAAAUGGGAGCUGGAGAACGGUUUGGUGGACUUCCACAAGCAGACAAACUCGGGCUGCAGGACUCUGUUGCGCUUGCAUCGUGCUCUGCUCUGGCUGCAAAAUUUCCUGUUGGAACUGGGAAAGGACACAACUGAAGGAGAGCAUCUACGAAGCCCUUCUGAUCUCUGCAAAGAGACUUACCAGCGCACACUGGCCCACCAUCACACCUGGUGGGUAAGGAAAGCAGUAGAGCUGGCCUUUCUUGCUAUGCCUGAACGACCUUAUUUCUACCAGUUGGUGUGUGUGGAAACGCAGGCAGAAGCUACUUUGGUGCUGAACAGGGUAGUGAGAGCAAUAGAAGAAGUGUACGAGAGAAAUGAAGUCGCUCUACAGGAACAUGGCAUGCUGGACCUACCCUGAGCGUAGAAAGAAAGAGAGAGAAAAUCAUGGGAGUGGGACCAACCUAGAGAAUAGGGCACUAAAUUAUAGGAAUGGGGCUUUGAACCCUUAAGAGAAAAGAUUGAAGACACUGCUGGAUAAAUACUUUUCCAGGCUGAUAUAUUUGGUCUUAUAUAAUCAGAGAAAUAUCCGUUUUCUUAAAGAUUUCGGGAACAAUUGUCUUAAAUUAUUUGUCCAAAUUCAUGACAACUGGAAUGGGCCAUUUUUAUUCUUAAAAGUAAGAAAAAAAUAAA